UUUAAUUGCAUAUAAUUUAUUCAUUUACAUUUACGCUUAUUCUCAAGUUUUAAAAACCAUAAAAUGUUUUAUGUUGAUUAUAGCAAUAGAGUACCGUUCGAACGUGUUUGUUUAUUGACGUUUGUCGAUGGUUUUCUGACGUGGUUUAGAGCCGCGCAGGUGUGUCUCUCGCGCAGGUGAGAGUCACGUGGCUUCACGCGCAGCUCUGUUUUCCGUCUGUUUCUGGGGAUGUCGUCGUCUCACGGCGCUAUAAAGCUCGCGCGGCGGAAGCGCGCUCAUUCCCGGCGCGGGACAGAGACGCACGAUGCUGGUUCUGAUCCGGCUGAUCUUCAUCUUCAGGACCGUCAUCUUCACCGUCAGCGCGGAGAAAGACUUUCACAGCAGAGAUCAUUCAGAUGAGAUCAACAGCAUCCACCAGGCGGAGCUCAUCACCGACACACACACUGCACAGCGGUUUCUGUCGAAGUAUGGCUUCAUGAAGGCCGCAGACGGUGAUGAUGCUCAGAUCCCGGCGGACGAGACGGAGAUCAGUCUCUCUCUGGAGCUUCAGGAGAGAGGAACCGAGUCCAGAUCUAGCAGUCCUGAUCUCCGGUUCGUCUCUGCCCUGAAGGAGUUCCAGCAGGUGUCCGGUCUACCCGUCACAGGUGUGUUUGACGAUGCCACUAAAGCAGCCAUGAAUAAACCCAGGUGUGGCGUCCCAGACCAGGACGAGGAGCUGGAGUCUACUGAACAAAUGUUAAACGACACGAGCGAGUCCAACAGCACCGCAAGACUCAACCUCACCGAUGCCGCCGUUAACACUGAACCUCACGAACAGAAACAGCGCCACCUGGCAGCUCUUCUGAGGACCAGGAGGAGGAGAGACGCCGGAGAAUGGAAGGGACACAUGGCCUUCUCCAAGGGCCUCCUGAAGUGGCGUCUGAUCGGAGAAGGAUACAGCAGUCAGCUGUCCAUCGACGAGCAGAAGUACAUCUUCAGACUGGCCUUCCGCAUGUGGAGCGAAGUCUCUCCGCUGCAGUUCGAGGAGGACACCCAGUCGCCUCUGGAGGACAUCGACAUCCGGCUGGGCUUCGGGACCGGACGUCAUCUCAAUUUCUGUUCUCAGCGCUAUAAUCUUAAUCUCUGUUCCGAAUAUCGGGAUCUCUGAUUCAAUCUCUGAUCUAAAUCACGCCUGGUUCUCGGAGACAUUCACUUCAAUCUCUGAGAUGAUGAACACUUCACCGUCCCAAACACGGGCAGCGGGAUCAGUCUUCUCAAGGUAGCGGUUCAUGAGAUCGGUCAUGUUUUAGGACUUCCUCACAUCUUCCGUCCCGGAUCCAUCAUGCAACCCAGUUAUCUUCCACAGGACUCCGGCUUUGAGAUCGACUGGAUGGACCGGAAAUCCAUUCAGAGUUUAUACGGUGUGUGUAAGGGACGCUUCAGCACCGUGUUUGACUGGAUCAGGAGGGAGCAGACGGCGUACGGCGAGGUGGUGGUGCGCUUCAACACCUACUUCAUGCGUGAGGGCUGGUACUGGCUCUAUGAGAACCGUAAUAACCGGACGCGGUACGGGGAUCCGGUGGCGGUGCAGGCCGGCUGGCGCGGGCUGCCCUCGAGCGGAGUGGACGCUUACAUUCACGUCUGGAACCGCAGAACUGACGCCGUCUACUUCUUCAAAGGAGUGCAGUACUGGCGUUACGACAGCGAGAACGAUCAGGUGCUCACCGCAGACGCAGACGGACGCUCUUAUCCUCGUCUGAUCUCUGAAGGCUUUCCCGGCGUGUCCGGACCGCUGGACACCGCGUACUACGACCGGAGAGACGCUCACAUCUACUUCUUCAAGGGCUCACGGGUGUUCAGGUUUGAUGUGCGCGAGAAUCGUCUGGCUUCUUCAUCUCCACAAAAACUGAGCGAGGUGUUUCCGGCCGUGAUCCCCGGAGACCAUCCGCUCAGGGACCUGGACGCGGCGUACUUCUCGUACACUCACAGCUCCGUGUUCCUGCUGAAGGGCCCGUGGUUCUGGAGGAUGGCGCGGGGUCGCAGGCUCAUGCCCCGCAGGGACGUGGAGCGCCAGUGGUUCGACAUCUGUGACGUUCACAGCAGCUCUCUGAGAACCGCUCGCAGGAGAUGAAGCGGAUGGGUGCCGUCAGGACGAGAGUCCAAACUGACCCGUUAACAUCCGGAGAAGACAAGAGACGAAUGAAAGCAAUCCAUAAUAAGUCUGGUCUGAAUCGGGAGAGAAUCAAAUACAUGAGAUGCACUUUUACAAGAGUGAGUCAGUUAUGAUUCAGUUCACAGGAAGUUAUUGCUCCGUCUCUAUUUCUGUGUGUUUUUUUAGUUCGAUGUUUAUUUCUGCAAAUCAGCAGCGCGACACAAGACUGGACAAAAACCUGAUUUAUACGGUUUGCUGGAGUAUGACUCUAUAUUUAUUAAGUUAUUUAUUCGUUUGUUAUUAACGGUUUGUGGAUGUUUAAUGUUUUUCCCGAGUUUUUUAUCAUAAAAAUCAUCCCUGUUUUACACAAUUCUGUGUCAGUUUUUACAUCAGCAGCUGAAGAUGUGAGUUUGUGCAGUUAAUAUUUUUUAUUUUAUAGCCUGGAAUAAAAUGAUAAAAUAUCCUAAUAUAUUAAUUACAUCUGCAGUGGAGCUCUCGGUUUAUCUUAAAGAAAAAGCCCUUCAUCAUGAUACCGAGAAUCAUUUAUAAAGCUAUAUUAAUAACCUGAAUGGCCUUUAUACCUCCAUUACUGUACUGUAACUAUACUAAAGAUAUAACAAUACACUUUAACUGUAAAAUAAAAGAAAUAUAUUAAA